GGCCGGAAGAAGGGCAAAAAGGCGCUGGGCUCCGCUGUGGCCAUGCGCCUGCUGCUGCUGGCCAGCCUCCGAGCCCAAACGGGGAAUGGCACCACCGCCCAGAGGAUCCAGGGUCAUCUGGAAGCUGCUGGCCACGUGUGUACCCUCAAGGAUACAUUUAGCUGCGAGUCCCCGUUGGCAGUCUCAAAGCUCAUCUCGGAGAACUUUGAUGCAGCUCUGGGCAUUCAUCUUUAUAAAGCAGGCAGGCUGCUGCAAGGCAGUGGAAUUCCUUUUGGUAUCGUCUUUGGAGGCACUGACAUCAAUGAAGAUGCCAGAUGUGAAAAGAAGGCCCAGGUUAUGGGGACAGUGCUGGAUGAAGCCAGGUUUGCCGUGUCUUUCACUGAGGCAAUGAGGGAAAGAGCCAUAUCAUACUGGCCUCUCGCCAGGAAUAAAAUAUACGUCCAGGCUCAAGGAAUUGUGACUGCCCCCAACAUUUCUUUUAACUGGAAGAAAUAUCUGCAGAGUGCAGGGAUUACCCAGGACCACAACCGUUUACGCUUCUUCUUCCUGAUAUGUGGUCUGAGAAGAGUCAAGGAUCCACUUUAUUUAGUAGAUGCUUUUGUAGAAUGGCACAGGGAGGACCCCAGCAUACACCUGAUUAUCAUUGGACCUGCAGCAAUGGAUUUAAACGUUCCAGUACUGGCCAGGAAUAUCCCAGGAAAUGCUGCAAUAAUCACAGACAAAGCAACUGGACUAUUAUAUUCCAACCCGGAGGAAUUUGUCCAGUUGUCCAAAAGCCUGAUCGAAGACCCUUCUCUGCAGAGGGAAAUCGUAACAAGGGCAAAGGCGUAUGUCACAAAGCACCACUUGUGGGAAGACGAAAGGAAUGCGUAUCAAAACUUUGUGCUGAGGCUUCACUGACCUAGUGUUUGGAUUAGAUGUCCCUCACAAGCCUACCUAGGUCUUACAAUAUUUGGAAGGAAAGAAGGGAAGAAGACCCUCCUCUUUGUUCUGUCAUGCCCAUUUGGUGAAAACAUGAGAGGGGACUUUCUUAUUUGUUUGCUCCCAGGUUCUGGAGCUCCCUGCCUACACCAUCCGAAGGACCACAACUUCUCCACCUUGAACUAGGUCAUAAUUAUAAAUAAUAAUACUGGGGAUGGGAAUUGAACAGCCCACAGGCCAUGGGUGAGCCACAAGGCCAUUUUUCUAUCCCACAUCCUUACCUAAUUUUUGCUCUCUAGAGGGACACACCAACACAUCACCAGCAAACUAGACGUAAUGUCAUAUUGCUUCCAGUUAAUAUUCAGGAUUGAUUUUGGCCACAUGAGGAAGCUUAUGGGAGAGGCUAAAACAAGACUGAGAACCUAUUAGGUUGAGUGUUCAACUAGAACUAGGACUCUGGAGAUCAGGGUUCAAAUCUCUGCUCAGUCAUGGAAACCCACUGGAUAACCUUAUGCAAGUCUCUCUCUCUCUCUCUCUCAGCUUUAGUGGAAGGCAAUGACAAAUCUCAUGUGUUGGGUAUGCUUUGAUUGUGAGUUCCUGCACGGCAGGGGGUUGGACUGGAUGGCUCUUGUGGUCCCUUCCAACUCUAUGAUUCUGUGAGUCCUCUGAAUAAAUCUUGCUGGGAAAGCCUUUGGCGAGUGUCACCAUAAGCUGUAAUUGGAGUAACAACAAAAAAUGCAACCAAAAAAAAGCAUUCAAUGUUUUCAGGCAUUUUUAAGGGUUUGGAGUGAUCUGGGGGUAAAAAAAUAACCAGAAACGUAUCCCUGAAAGAUUUAACAAUUGGAAGGGGAUCUGGGGACAUGUCCCAGAGGGCUUAGAGAACUGCAGAAAUGGGACUGGGCCACAAAAGCUGCACUUUCCCCACUGCUGUCCUAGCUGCAAGACAAAAUUGGCUGGACAGGGAGAAUUGCUCCUUGUGGAAGCUUUCAAGAAUGGUGAUUCCCCAAUAAAGCCAGGUGUACAGCCUUGCUUUUGUAUGCAUGUGAUGAGAAUGUUUCCAUUUCCCACCCUGCAAAAAACUAGAAUUAAAAUUCCAGUCAAUUUGAGGGUUUUUUUUUUGUGGGGAGAGCAACAUUUUUGGGGAGCAGGUGUGACCUGCUGGCUCGACCCUGUAAUAAACACUAAAGGUGUAUCCUGGCAGCAACUGAAUAAAUAUUUUAUUGUGGGUUUUUCGGGCUAUGAGGCCGUGUUCUAGAAGAGUUUAUUCCUGACGUUUCACCAGCAGCUGUGGCUGACAUAUUCAGAGAAUGAACCUAGAGUCACACAGU